CUGCCAACUUUCAUUCCAGAGUAGAUGCUGUUACUUUCAUCCCUCUCUGAAGUCCCAGCUCCUCAGUCAUGCUGCGUCCGACGGUCCUCUUCCUCUUCUUGGCCUGUGCAGUGUCUCUCAGCAGAUCUGCUGUAGUCCUAGAAAAUGGCAUGCCCAUCCUGUGGGCUCAAACAGCCGGAAAAGUGACUGACCUGCCGAUACAGAAUGGCAUUGUGACUCCUGACCCCUGGAACUUCCUUCAUCGCAUGAGUCUUUACCGCCUGAUGAUAGCUGCUACAGACCCAUUCAUGGGAUCCAUGGGGACAGGCACCGGAGAAAACCCUAUGUGGGGGCUGACAGUCCAGCUUGGAUGGUUUCUAACUUCAGGACGUCUUGCUGACCCAACCGGUGCUACAACCUGCGGCCUGCAAACAGGAGAUACUAUGUGUGUUUCUACCCAGAGCUGGUGGAGCUGUGUGAGCUACCUUGUCUCUGCACUGCCCUUCCUGUCUGCCGCACAGCAGGGCUUCCUGGGAGAAGGUGUUCAGGUCCAGAUGCAGGUCCCUGAAGGUGUAGAGGACUAUUGUACCACCUAUGCUGACUGUACCACUCGCUACCCCGAUGCCAUGGCUAAGUGGGAUGCCUAUUUUACGGGUCUCAAGACUUCUGCUGAGUCUGCCCUGCCUGAAAAUGAGAAGAAGGACUCUAUCCUCGGUCUCUACUGGGCAGCUCAAAUGGCUUCAAUUUAUUCUGCAUCAGCAUGCAAUGCCAAGAUGAGCUCCUAUUCCUCUCCUGAGGUGACUUUCGUUAACAGCUGGCUGAACUCAGCGGAGUACGUGUCAGCUGCAAACUUCCAUUCCACUUUGGAAAAAUCUUCGAAGUUCUCAAUCCCUCUGCCAAGCCGUGUUUUACAGGAGGGCGACAGUCCACCUAACAUUGCUGAUCUGAGUCAGGAGGAGAACCACACACUUUCUGUCUUCUCCUGGAUGAAAAAUAUGAACAGUCUGCUGGGCGGGUCGUUGGUGCGUAUGUGGCGAAGUGCCAUGUGUUCAGCAACCACAAGAGAGAAAGGCAGAGAGAUGUUGGAGCAGCUGAUGCUGAAUCCCAGCUUCGCCACAAGCACUUUCCUGUCCAUCAUCAGUGGAAUGACUACCAGCUGCUAAGAAAGAAACAGCAACUCCAGUCAUAUAAUGGUAUGUUCAUCCUAAAGUUAAAGGCACAUGCUAAAAACAAUGUGAUUUGACUUUUUUAAAAAUAAUACAGGAUUAAUUUUGUAUUACCCAGAGGGCAGUUUCACUAAGAAAAUACACUUGCAAUAGUAGACAUAACUGACAUUUCUUCUCCAUCAAAACAGUCCAAGUAGCGAAAGUAAGUCCUGUCAUUGUUUGGAGAUUUUUUUAUAUUGCAUUUACAUAGAUUAGAUAAAACCCUAGCAGCUCUUUAAUUCUUGUUACGGAGUUGUUGUUUUUUUGCAUGUAACAUCUCAAGUAAGGAUGUUACUACAUUAUGUUACAAUGUGAGUGGGCUCAAAGGUCAAACUGCAUGUUGACUCUGCUUGUUAAUUUGACAAAUGAUAUGUGAUUUUCUCAUGACUUUAAAGACAAUCAGUCUACUACCUACACUGUUGAAAACAAUAAACUCAUUUUGCUCCAUUUAUUGAUUCAUAUGAAAA